AUGAUUGCCGCCGAGGUGGACCUGCGAGCUGCGUCUUUGCCAAGGCGAGCCAUCUUCCUGCCCUUACACACGCGAAAUAACAACUUCAUCUUCUUCACUUCUUCACUUCUUCACCCAGCUGACCCAGCAUUCAUCGCCAUCACCCUCACGUCCCCAGCGGGCAACGCGCUGACCAGUCUGGACUCUGCAAAAGAGCCGCCAGCACCUCAAUGCGCCUCCUGUGGCCGAACAGGAGAUCCAUCUGGGCGCGAUCAGGAUCACUGGCUUGAAGAGGGCAACCAUUCCAUUCUUCGAACAAAGCCCCAUCGCGCUCAAAAGUAUGGGUCGAAUGUUGCCCAUCGGAGCAACAACCGCAUGAAGCUCAUUCGAACUAUCAAAAUGUCUCAAACCUUAGCCACGUGCAACACGCCAUGGGCAAUGCUGAAGGGCGUACGUGGGAAAGGCUAA